AUGGAUAAAAUAAAAUCUCUUAAUAUUGAUAUUGCUUAAUAUCAGACAGAUUACCUUAGACCAAUCCCCAAUAUUGUGACAUCGGAUACAUUGUGGAAUGACAAUAUUCUUCUAAUGAAUGUCCAAUGGAAUUAUACUCUGGAAAUUAACUAUGAUAAAUUGAGUCAAGUCAAAGAGAUCAUCCAAAAAACCUGUACAACUGAAAUCAGCGAUGAAGAAUAAAGAGUAAAUGCAAUCAACACAUUUAAAUAGCUACUAUUUGAUUAUCUCUCAAGCGAAAAGGAGUUGCUCAAAAAUUGCGGAUUCACUUGUCAAAGACUACCUAUCAUCAUUGAAAAGAAUAAAGAGAUUGCACAUUUUCUCUUGAUUUAAAUAUGCAAUUUAGAUGGCUUCGAAGAAUUCUUAGAAGUCUUCAUCUAAACCGAUGUCACUUAGAAUACACUUGAAUUGUUUGCUCAAUUAUUUGGGGAACUCAAAUUACCAUAAGAAUAUAUCACACAGUAUAUUAAUUAUUGUAUAGACUUUUGCAAUAAUAUCAAAGAAAAACAACAAUAGAACAAAUUAGUUAGGUUUGUCUCCGUUUUCAUCUAGUAGAUGCUUAAAUAGAAAGCAUUCAUCACCAAAGAUAUUCUGACUGAUGUAAGAAUAAAUAACAUUUAGUUAUUAGCAUUCUGCAUUGAAUUCUCCAAAGUUGGCGAAGUAUCUAAGCUCUUCAAACUAGUCAAAGGGCAAGAACCUGCCUCAUAAUGAUAUAAUAAUCAUAUCAUAUUCGUCUUUGUAACUAGU